AUGGCGCGUACUAGACCCUACACGCGCAAGGAGCUCGAGACGCUUCGGCGCGGAGACCUUCAGAACCUUUACAAGAUCCACGGUCUUAAAGGCGCCAACCAGAAAUCCGACGCGCUUAUCGACUCGCUCGAAGAGUACUUCAUCUCUCCGACCUACAAGGCCAUCCCGCCUGGCUCCCCCAAUAAGCUCCAACGCUCUACCAAUCCUAUCCCGUCAGUGGUGAUCCCAACGCACUCGCGGCAGCUCAAGCCUAUCCAGGCUCAGGUGGCGCCGCGGGCGCCUCCACUCCGGCCAGUUACGCGCAAGUCGCCUACCAAGGCGGCGGCCAUGGCACCGGAGAGGGCCGGGAGGGCAGCUGUGACUGCGGAAGACGCUGCCAGUGAGGCAUCUGGGCCAAGAAGGGAACGGCCAAUCCCAGCCAAGUCAGCCCAGCUUCCCGUUCCCAACGACUCCCUCCUCCGUCGCGUCGGUGUCCUUUCGGACCGCGUCCAAGACAUCGAGUCGAGCUUAACAGUCACCCCCCUGACUACGGUCUCAGGCGAGAUCGCUUCUCUCCGCGCAGAGGUUUCGCGUCUCGAUGCGGACAUAGCGUCUAUCCGAUCUUCAGGGGUUCAAACAACAGGCGCGCCGGAACAGCCAUGGGAGACGAGGGUGAAGGAGGUGGAAGCUGGAUGGGCGGCCAAGCUCAGCACAGCCGAGGCCGUCUGGGCGGAGAGGUUCCGGGUGUUGGAGGGGAAGAUCGGGGAGGGUAGCGGGACCGGGCGCGGGUCAAGAGCAAGCGAGGGACCACAAGGUCUGUCCGCAACGGCGUUGGGGAAGAGGCGCGAAAGGGAGGAAGUCGUCGAGCCACGUGGCUUCGCCUUGGAUGGUUCUACAUCGCCCUCCAAGCGGGCUCGGACGGAUCAUACGGCCUCGCCGUCCACUCGAGAACACCUCAUGGCCCUGGCUAGACGCUCGGCUAGCCCUACCAAAUCACCUCGCACGCCCUCACCCGGAAAGUCUUCUUCUCAGGGAGUCUUCAAGACCCCCGAGCUGCCCGCUUCACUCAUGAAGCAACGCCAUCCUCGCACCCCCUCACCUGGCCAUCAGGGUACGCUCCCGGACAACUCGGCCACUCCUGCAUUCUCCGCGGAUGCUAGCUACUUUGCGGAUCUACCUCCCGUAGCCUCAGCUACCGGUCGCGGCCGUAGCGUCGAGGUCACUCUCCCCUUCCCGCUCUUCGCUACUACUCCUCGGCCAGCUGCACCUACCAGUCCAACCACGGAUGCCCCGCCAUCGUCCGCUCGGCGUGGAAGGGCAUUGUCGGCUCAGCCAGGCGGUCUGAUGCUGACGCCCGGUCGGCGACCCACUCGGACCGUCUCGCACGCCCACAUGGAGCUAUCGACGGUCACGGAGGAUUCGGUCCCCGCAUCUUCGGCAGGGGCGAGCUUUGCCGCUCUGUCCAGCCAAAAGGGCCGACCUCCUCCUCUCUCCGUAUCGCCUCCUUCCAACCCCCAUCAAUCACCGCUGCUGGGUCCCGAGCUCACGCGGGAGAUCAGCGAGCCGCCCCGCCUGAGUCCAUCCCCAUCCAUCACCGAGUCCCGCUUCUCCACCCUUCCCUUCCCCUCCAAGAAUACGGGACCCACGCCCAGGUCCAACCUUACCAAGGUGGUCGACUUUGCCUUCAUACCCCAAGACACACCCGCCGAACCCGCCUCGGCGGCGUCGACUGCCCCGACCUCAUCCUCAUCCACUACGGCACCCGCGCCGGAAGCCGUCUCACCCGUUUUCGCCCCGCUCGCUGGCCUGGGGAUGAUGACCCCCGGACAUCGGACGAUGCUGGGGACGGAGGCGUACCGGGACACGAGGUUCGGUGAUUUGCCGGUGAUGAUGAGCUGGGGGACGCCAGAGAUGCCUGAUACGCCAAGACCAGGGGGUUCGGGAGGUUUUGGCUCUGGAACGUAG